GCUGUAGCUGUAUACUGCCCCUGCCACUGCCCCUUUUAUGGCCACCUUCCUUGUCUAGCUUUAUAUACUCCACUCCCUUUCAUAUUUUCAUCACCAUCGUUUCUCGCUGCAGAAGCUAAUUUGUGCUCAUGUCAGAUUCAAUUAGCAACGAGAGCAGGUCUGCAUCUCGGGGACGUGGAUUAUUUCAAUCUUCGGGUAGAGGCGGCAUAGGUAACAUUCGAGGCUCUUCCGUCUCAAGUGAUCCUCGCCCUGUCGAUGGCCCGGAUGAUUCUGACUUGACUCGUGGGCGGGAGCAAGCGGUGCACCCUGACAGGAUGUUCUCGGUGGGUAGGGGUGGAGCGGGUAACAUUCGCUCUCCUUCUCAGGAUGUGGGAAAAGGCUACCCCCAGACUGCAACUGUCCUCAACGCUGCAGUUCAGGCAGAACAUGAACAGCAAGUCAAGAAGCAGCACGUUGAAUCCAACCUGAUGCAUUCUUCUGGAAGAGGCGGUAUUGGCAACAUAUCAAGCUCCCGGUCUCGUUCUCGUGGUCCAAUAGUUCAUUCCACGGGACGAGGCGGAGCAGGGAAUAUUCAACAUGGAGCUGCCAUCAGCAUCGACAAUAUGGACGAAGAGGAAAGGAAGAAGCAUGCUCAUGCUCAAGCGAUACACUCAACUGGCAGAGGCGGAGCUGCAAAUCUUACCAAUGUGCACUCGCCUGAUGUUGAACAUGUAGUCCAUCAUCUCGGUGAUUUUGAGUCCUCUGGGCGCGGCGGGGCCGGUAACAUACGCUCCCGCUCCGCCUCGCGUGACCCAAGUGGACGGACACCUUCCCGCGAUACCAAAGAGAAACAUGGAAUUGCUGCUCUGUGGAGCAAGGUAUCCCACCCCUCCAACCCCGGCUCUGGCUCCGGCCCCGGGGGUCCUGAGUCCCGGGAAGAAUGAAAUGACUCGCGCUCAAGCGUAUCCGCGCCUCCCCCCAUGUAUUUUCUUUCCCGUCCUCAUCCCAAGUUCCUUAGUGCGGGAUAUGCAAUCAAAG